UUGUAUGUUGAGAUUUUAGUCUGUGUUUGGUAUUCCAGUUGUUCAGGGCGGCACUGCUCAGAACGGUGUAAACAAAACGACUUAAAACCGUUUAAAUCGUUAAUAUUCAAUAAAAUAAAAAUAUAGCAUGUUAUAAAUUGAAUAUUGUAGACUUUCAACUCGAAAUAAUACAGAAAUCUAAAAACUUUUAAGCUGUUCAAUGUGUUCGAAGUGAGGAAAAUUAAAAUAUCAACGCUCAUAAUGAUGGAAGUAACACAAAAAGUUGACUUAAAGGAGAUGCCAACAGAAGAUGAGAUAAUGAGAAGCAUCGCAGCGGAACUCGACGACGAAGUUGACAAACUAACCCCUCCUGAUAUUGCAUCGAGUGUGGGAAGUCGCAAGUCAACCAUUGAUGAGGAAAUGCAUAACGGAUUAGAAGCCGAUGACUUGGAUACUGAGCUAGGGAUGACACCGUCUACCGAUAGUAUUGAUAAUAAUCGAGCUGACAAAGUUGUCACUUCGGGUCUCAGCAAGGAACGUGAUGCUGGCAGCGAUUUAGACGCUCUCUUGGAUAAAAUAAGUUCGAUCGUGGAUUGUGAUCCUAAAGAGACUGCUGAUGAGGAGAACGGAGAAAACUCCGCAACUAUAGAAGACAUUGACAGUGAGAAACCUGCAGAUGAUAUCGAUAACUCCGAUGAAAGCAAACCUGCUGUCGAUAACACUGAAGCUGAAGUAAUCGACGCGGAAGAAGAGCAAAAGGAGGCGCAAACCGAUAACAACGUGGAUACAGAAAAGUCUAAAGAGAAAAUUGAAGAAGAGAACACAAUUUUGGAAGAGACAGAUAAUAAACAAAAUAUAUCCGAACCUGAGGACGACAAAGAGGCGAAUGAAGAGAUAGUGGAUACAAAGGAAAAAAAUAAUGGAUUGAAAUCAGUUAAGAAUCCUGAAGAUUCCAACACAAAAAAGACUGCCGCUUCCAAAAAAAGCGAUAAAACAACAACACCAGAUUUGAACGCCUCAAAUGAUGACGAAUUUUUGGAUGCAUUGGAAACCAUUUCGAGCUCGGAUGAGUUUGAUGCAUUGAUAGACCCCAAAAUCAAAUCGCUGGGAGAAUCGACUCCAAAGAAGGAGACCAAAAAUGGUCUUGAAGACAUAACCUCUGAUGACAGCAAUGAAGAAAAUGUUAGUGGUAAUAAGAGAAAAACAGAUCCAGCGAUAAUUGAUCUGGACUCAUUUGAUGAGCCGCUUAAAGAAUCCACUGAGGAUUCAGAGAAGGAGAGUGCAGUCAAAGAAGACUCCGAGGCAGUUGAGCAAACAACGGAAGAGAAAGUUGAAGACAAAGAAGUUGAAAAGGAUAAAACCACGGCAACGCAAGAAUUGAAAGACGAUGCCAUAGAUGAGAUGUUAAUGGAGGCCAGUUCCAGUUCCAAGAAGGUUGACUUGGAGACAGAAAGCGAGGAUACCAAGCUGGAGGAGGUAGAUGAUAUUGCCAAGCUGGAGAAUAUCGAUGAUAUUGCCAAAGCAGAGAGCGAAGAUAUUGCCAAAUCAGAAACCGAAGGACCCCAGUCGACUGAGAUGUUGAAAUCAAAUGGAACUGUCGAUAAGCAUAUAGCAGAGAAGAGUUCUAAACCAGAGUCGUGUAAGGCUUCAGAGUCGAAAUCUCCUACAAAGUCAGACUCAAAGGAUGCCGAAUCUGAUGACGAAGUCAUAUUUUUCGAGCCUAUUGAAAAGACAGCCAAGGAAAGUGAGACUAAAACUGAAGCUGCCAAGAAUGAGCCGAAGACAACCGAGGAUGCGACUGACAAAAAGGAUGAUGAAGUGGUGCUUGUGUCCGAGGAUGAGGAGGAGCCUCCACCGGAGAAGAAAUCCGUCGAGGAACCUAGUAAGACGUCUAAUGAGGAAGCCAAACCGGGUGAGAAAUCUGAGUCCAAUUUAUUGGCUGAUAACUCGGACAAUGCCUGCGAUCAGUUUGAGAAGCCAAAGGCGCAGGAGAAACUGAAAGAGAGUGCUGUCGAGGAUCAGGACAGUAAUUCCAGUAAUCUACUGCAGCCCACACAAAAAAGUCGCGAUGAGACGGCAGCUGAAGUUGAAGCUGAAGCUGAACAGGAAGCGGAAGCCGAUGGAGACGGGGAGGGGGAUGGGGAUGGGGAUGGAGAAGAAGAAGCUGACACCCAGGUGAAUCAAGGCGAUGUGGAAAUGGCUACCGAUGAAGCUGAGGAUGAUCAGGAUUCGGGUUUGCCCGCUGUGAAGCGCAUAAGACUGAGCACCGAGGAUAAGCCGGAGGCAAGCAGCAGUUCUACCACCACUUCCACCUCCGUCAACACCACCGACGAUGAUGCUCAACCCACAGGCAGCAAACGUCGCAAUAGUCUUCAUUCGAAUAGCAGUCUCCCGGAUAAGGAUGCUACUCCCAGUAAAAGGCUCAAAACCGACGACACCGACUCCAAUAGCUCCAAUAGCGAUGGCAAUCUACAAAUUGACUUGGAUGCCCAGGAUAACGCCGAGGAUUCGGAGAAACCCAAUGAGUCAGCCAAAAUGAAGAUCAAGGAGCCGCCAAUUGAGUUGAAACCCGCCCCGGAACUCCAGAGCGUUGUGAGGCCAUUGCGUCUGGAUUUCGUGAAGAGUUUCCGCAAGAGCUUCGAUAAGAUGACGCGUCAUGAUCUGGAGGAACUGGUGCUACAGAAGGUCGUCGAGAGCAUGCUGGUAAAGAGCGAGUUUGCCGACAUCCGGCGACAGCUGGACAAGUAUGAGACAACGCUGUCCAACUAUCGCCGUAAGAUUGCCGAGGUAUCCAAGCAGUUUCUCGAUCUGGAGACUGUGCACAAGCGUGUGCUCAAGGAUUUGGAGACUAGGAACUCACACUUUACGGCUCCGGUGCGCAUAACACGCGCCGUGGGCCUCCAGGUGGGCAUGACCCUGAUGAAGAAGCCCAGCGAUGAUCCGCGCAAUCAGCCUGGCCUCCAUACUGCAGGCAGUAUGGCAGCUCCGGCUCCAUCGGCAGCUCCAUCCACAUCCUCCUCGGCGUCCUUGUCUAACAUGCCACAAAGGCCCAUGCAACGUUCGCCCAUGCGAGGCAUGCCACGUGCCAGCGUAGGCAUGCAACACUCCAGCAUGCAACAGCAGCAACAGGUGCGCUCCUCCUUGCCUUAUGUGCAGACAAGUGGCACGUCGACAGCGCGUCGAGGUUGCCUGCAAAAGGUGACGCCUCAGCGUCCAGUCAACAACUUGCCCAAUGCUCAUCCAAGCAGCCCCGGUUCGGGAGGCAUGCAACGCAUGCAAACCUCGCCGGCGGGCAACUCCCGCGUCUAUGCCACAAAGCACACGGGCAACGCCAUGUCGCCGGCUACAGCAGCAGCGGCGGCGGCAGCAGCAGCAGCGGCAGCAAUGCGUGCUCGUGGCAUGACAGCGAAGCCCAUGAGCGCCGCCUACAUGGCACAGAAGCAGCAGCAGCAACAGUUGCAACAGCAGAAGCUGCAGCAACAGCAGCAACCGAUGCCCGUGCGCAUUGGACGCAGUCCCGGCAAGCAGCCCAACAAUGUCAUCAACAACAACAACAACAACAAGGCACGUCAGAUGCCCAUUGGCGGUGGCACCGUCUCCGUGCCCAUGUCAAGUGCCUCAGACAGCGGUGCGGCUGCUGGUGGAGCUGCUUACGGUCAGCCCAACUUGGCACCUGCUCGUCCCAAGGAGAAGGCUGUCAUAGAUCUGACCGAUGAGGAUGAUGCCGCUGCAGCUGCCGCUGCCGCAACGGAGGCAGCUGCACGACUGCGUCAUAAUGCAAACGUGGGCGUCAAGCGCAACAUGCAACAGUCGUCAUCCGGUGGUGCUCCAGGUGGUGCUGGCAAUGCGCGUCCAGUCGCCGGCAGUGUGGUGCGUGUGUCGCCCAUGAGUGUGCAGCGUUCCAAUGCCGCAUCCCGACAGAUUGUUAACAACAAUGGUGCAGGGCAACGCAAUUCGAUGGGAGCCAAUGUGACGAUGCAGAUAAGAUCGGAGAAUACGCCGCCGAGUUUGAGUCGCUUGCGUUACUCGCAUCCAGCACCGUUGCCGUUGGCGCCCGCGCAAACCUUCCAUCCGGACUGGAAGUUGCCGCCGUCGCGACCCGUUAUACGAAUCAGUUUGCAUGAUUCGGGCAUUGUCAUCUCGUGGACGCUGGAGGACACGGGCUCAAGGUUCGCCGAGUGCGUGAUGUAUCAGAUCUAUGCCUACCAGGAGACAAUCAAUGAACCAACCACCGAUUCAUGGCGUCAUGUGGGCGAUGUGAAGGCCAUGCUUCUGCCCAUGGCCGUUACUCUGAAUCAGUUCCAAGAGAAUCAACGUUAUUUCUUUGCCGUACGCGGUGUCGAUGCCCAUGAGCGUUAUGGUGUAUUCAGUCAGCCCAAGACGUGGGAAUAGAUCGUAUAUAUAAAAUCAUACGUGUUUUAUUUUCAAGUCUCCAAUACUUUUUACUGUAUGUGUAACUUAUUUAUGUACGCGAAUGUGCCCCCAUUUUAAUAAGUGGCAACCAGAGAGAGAGAGUGAGAGAGUCGGAUUCUCUCAUAAUCUCUGCCAUGCCUUUUUUUCAUCCACUCUCCCGCUGGUCAUCACAAAUACAGAUAUGUUCGUUCCUUAAGACUUAUGAUAUAACCCUGGGCAGCUGUUAAUUUGAUUAUCCACCUUAUUCUUAAGUUAGUCCCUUAGUUAUGGAGUGUUUUAUCUAUGAUACCAUCUGAAUCAGAAUUACAUGUACUCAAACAGCUGCAGCUUCGGCUCCAUAGAAAUAAAACGCAACACGUCUAUGUUAAUCAUUUGUAGUUUAAGUCUAUGUUCUAAGUUUACAACAUUAGUACACAAUGAAUAAAUAUCAAAAGGAAAAAAUUAA